AACUCAUUCAACGAAGAAUCCUUUGCUAUUCCAAACAUGUCGCCAUCACCCAUGACUCCACCUCCAGGCUGUCCUAUGCACGAAGGAAAAAAGCCAGAGGAAAAGCCAUCCCCGCCACCAGGUUGUCCCAUGCACAACAGCAACACCCCUGUCAGCGACAAACUCAAUGAACUCAACAUGAUGCCUAACCUCACUCAGGACCGUCAGGCCGACCAAACUAUUGAAUUGCCUACAGAACGUACCAUAUCUUCCAUUCCAAAGAUUGCUGGCCAAAGCGAAAGAUGGGAGUACCCUUCCCCUCAACAGUUCUAUAAUGCACUCAGACGUAAGGGCUGGGAAACUCCAGAGGAGCACGUUGAGACUAUGGUCGAUAUUCACAACUUCUUGAACGAGGAGGCGUGGAAUGAAGUUCUCAAGUGGGAAUCACUUAAAUCUUGCGAUUGCAAUGAGGAUCCCUAUUUGGCUCGUUUCCAAGGAAAGCCUCAGCAGAUUAGUCCAAAGGCUAGAUUUCAUACUUGGAUGGGUGCUCCUCAGCCAUUUGAUCGUCAUGACUGGUUUGUAUCUCGCUGUGGAAAGGAAACUCGGUAUGUCAUUGAUUAUUAUGAAGCUCCAGAGGAAAGCCCUGGUGUUCCUGUCUUCCAUCUGGAUGUUAGACCCGCUAUGGACGAUCUUGAUUCCGUCAUGACCCGAUUCAAGGUUGCUGCCAAGGAAAAGUGGGAGCAGUGGUUCCCUUCUGAUGAGUCAUCGUCUUCUGCUGCCAAUCCUUCUUCAUGAUUCCCCUCAUACGGCUUGUAGUAGCUUGUUAUAUAUUUCCUUGUCAGCGUCCAACGUUACCAUGCCCCUUUUUUUCCAUAUAGACUUUAAGUAGUUAUGAAAUGCCCAAUCCCCCAAUCAACUCAAACUCAUA